CUCGUGGGAACAGGACGUUGUAUGUUGAAGUGCUCUGUAAGCACCUUCAUCAUAAAUCGAUUCCAAUCAUAACUCGGUGAAUUCAGUUUCAAUGAAAACAAACGCUGCUGAAAGUCAAUCUUGUGAAAUAAUUGUACCUUUCUAUAGUUGGUUGGCGCUCGACGAUUAACCGAAUAAGGCUGUUAAAGAAAUCCGGAGAGUGAGUGAAGUAGCCCUCUAGUGUGUGCAUAAAGUAAAGUGUAAUAUAUUCGGUAUUCUUUUGAGACGAAGUUUAGUAUUCAGCGCUAUUGUGUGUUAUCAAAAGCUGCCUCAUUUGUGUCGAAAUCUGGUAAAAGCAUUAAACAAUGAAGGCCAUCACAGCUGUAUGUGCUACUGGUGCCUCUGUUCCUGCCAUUGCUAAUGGUCGCAUACGCCCGCGGCAUAGGGAAGGUGAAAAUGAUCCAGAGAUUCAGAUGUACCUGUCGAAGCUCAAGGACCUGGUUCCCUUCAUGGCGAAGGACCGCAAAAUGUCCAAGUUGGAGGUUAUCCGGAACGUCAUAGACUACAUCUGCGAAUUGCAAAAUACACUCGCACACGCAGACGCAUCAUCAGACGCAUCUGCGCCGAUAGGACAACGACAACCGCUAGGCGUACGACCUGCUGCUCCAAACACCAUCCUAACCUCCAGCACUACCAACGCCAGCAUUAACACUGUUUCGAACUCUUCCGUCAUCAGUGAACCAACACCUGCAGCCAGUAUGGUUGAUACAGUCACGACGUCAUCUUAAACAUCUUUAUGAUAAACUGUUUAAACGAUAAAAUGAGCUCUUACAUGCGAUGCAAUAUAUACAUAAAUACUAUCAAUGACUUGAUGAACAGUCCACAUCCCAUGGUUCCCCUUCUUCGUGCCGUGGAUUUUCGGCAGAUUCGACUUGAGAUGGCAGCUUGUGGAGGUAAAUUGAGGGAACGAGUGUCUUGCCACAGAUUUUUUAUGCACAUUAAAAUAGACUAGUAGGGUUUUACUGCAUAUGAGAAAUCGAGGAUGAUAAACUCUUAUUUUUAAUUAAUUAAUUCCAUUAAUGUUCUGUGAUCUGUAGUCAUAUGUUUUUAUACGAUGAAAAUAAUUACACAAAACGUAUGCAAAAAUACACCACACAUCUGUGGCAAUGGAGUAAGAAAAUAUAGUUUGCUGCUGCAGUUGUGUAUGUUGCUAGCAAUCCUGGUAACUUCUAAUAUUAUUAACUUUCGCCUGAGUUACAUAUCCGUGUUAACGUAGCAUACCUAAAACAGCUUUUAACAUUUCAUCGAAUUGACCCUUUUUGUUUGAACCGGAUUAAUUUUUCCAUCAGCUUUAGGCCGUUACCGGUAAGUAACGUAUUUGUAUUUGUGCUCACUUUAAAAUAGUUAGGAAUUUAUUUGUUUCCUCCUCAUAUUUAAAAAGAGUAAACUCUGAAAAUAAAAGAUAAAAGCAUGCAAGGUAUAUGGUUGGCCACGAGAGAAAUAAAUUAUUGUGUACACUAUACUGUAUGUAGUACAAGUUAAGACAAAAUUAAGAAUAAAGCAAGGAGCAAACACAAAUAAAAUUAAGAAACAAACAAAAUA